AUGACAAACACUCUGCUCCUGCCUGUCUUUGCCAGCGAGAGUCUUUGUCCGCCUCCAGAGACCCGCGUGCGUCGAACCCGACGGGAUGUGUCCUGCGCCCAGUGCUCCCUGUUGCGGCGGUGGCCUCCCUCGUGCCGCCUCGCUGUCGCUGACCCGUCGCUGGAUCGCGUCUCGCGCCUCUCGGGUCGCGGGUCCCGCGAAAACGGCGCUCACAGGCCGCGUGAGGAAGCCUCCGGUACGUGGUUUCCGGAUCCACUGCCUGCAAGCUCCAGGGGGUGUGUGCACUUCCCUGCCGUUUUGUGCGGGAAGAAAGUGAAGUCUCAACCUGCGGCCUUCCCGUUCCUGAUCUCGUGCUGCCUUCUGGUGCCCGUCCUCUGUCUCGGGAUGGCCGGACAGGUGGAGGCUGCCUCGCCUCCCCCCUCUCCUCCGCAGUCUCCGCGCGCUUCCAAGGAGAAAAAGGAACAAAGUGGAGAUGCGGAACUGCAGCCAGAGAGCGUCUCGGGAGGCGGAGACAUGCACGCCGCUGAGCCGUUCGACUCCGUGUCCGUGGACCGAGUGCAGCUCCGCACCCGGUCGCCUCUCCCUUCUUCCUACAACUUUGAUGACGAAGGGAGUCGAGAGCAGGGAGACGGCGUAUCCCUAGGCAGCACCGAGUUCCUUCCAGACAAAGUGCUGAAACGCGCAGAGAACCCCCUGUGUCGCGACUGGCGCGUGCCGCACGCGUUUCUAAGCGGCAAGGCGGCGGGAGAGUCGCUCGAGGUCCCGGACAAGUUGAAGGCCACUGCCAGCCUGAUGCCUUUUUACUUUUACGGGUUGGACAACAGAGAUAACUACCUCAUUCUCACCAAGUUUUCAGAUUUUGACAUUCCGGUGAUUCGGAGUCAGCUGACGGACUUGGAUAUUCGACGCUUUUUCCGGUUCAAGAACCUGGCGUGGUUUGGGCGUCUCACGCCUUCGCCAACUUCCAGCUCGGUCGUCGUCUCGGACGCCGCGGGGUUUGACAUUGCGCACGCAGUUUUCCACGGAGGUCUGUCCGUGGCGAAGACGUAUGUGCAGGCGAUGACGUCGACAAUCCCGGACGUGGGCGUCCGAGUCUCGGAGAUCCACAUCAUUAACGUUCCCCGAGCCGCCGGGGUGAUCUUGGACUUGGUGCAGCGCCUGUCGCCUUCGGAAAUCAAGUUUUUCACGUACCCUAGCCUCCAGGAGUUCCUCGACAAAGUGGGAGACGUGAUCGGGCGGAACCGACUGCCUCGCUGUUUCGGUGGCACGAACCCGAUGAGUGUGAAACACUCUGAGUUGGAGAGUUGCUUCGACGAUUUCGUCAAACAGGUCAAGGAAGAGAAAGCGCGACGUGCAGGGAGUCCAGAGACCGCCAACGACUUCGAGAAGCUGAUGGAAUCACGGUUUCACCGACUCUUCGACUAG